GCUGCCGGGUAGGGACUCCUGCCUGGCACAGGCUGGCAAAGCUCCCCACUCUCCUGCCUGUCCUUUCCUAUCCCCAGUCCCUGUGCUCUGGGGGCAGCUGCAGUGUGUCCUCUACACCAUCUUGAAGGGUAGCCAAGGUCCUGGUGCGCUGAGGGCCUGGGCAAGGUGGAACUGGGAAGAAAAGAGCCAGAGGGGGUGGUCUAUUAGCUUAUGGGCCUUGGAAUUAGGUGAUUUGAGGCAAAGACCCCAGGGACAGUGCUCCUUAUGGGAAUCCCCACUAAUUAUACUUCUCUCCUUUCUUUUGCCUACUGGGCCCUGUGCCUCCAGGAUGACAGGUUUACUGGAAGGGCUGCUGCCCAUAUUCAUUGCCGUAUCCAACUGGCCAUCCCCCUCUCCUCAAAGCCCUGGCGUGCUCGGCUCUGGCGCUGCCCCUGCUGUUUGUGCCUGCUUCUGGUGUCAGAUCCUUCAGGCCUUCUCUGGGGCUGGUUCCACCUCCCGGUGCAGAAAUCCCACAAGUCUUACAAAUUCCAGUUCUGUAGGAGACACAAGAUGCUGGUAUCUGCUCAGAGGGAGCUGCUGAGGAGCCAUUGCCUGUCUAAGAAGGGCCAUCACAUCUCCGCCCCCUCCCCAGACAUUUUCCACAAGAGGCUACGCUCCAAAAGGACCCAACCUUCGGAUCCAGAGGCAGUGGAAGGUCUCCCCAGACCUGGCUCACAAAGGCAUGGAGGGCCUGAGUUCUCCUUUGACUUACUGCCUGAGGCACGGGCUAUUCAAGUGACCAUUCCUCCAGGCCCUGAGGUCAGCGUGCGUCUUUGUCACCAGUGGGCACUGGAGUGUGAAGAGCUGAGCAGUCCCUUCAACGCCCAGAAAAUUGUAUCUGGGGGCCAUGCUGUAGACCUGCCUUAUGAAUUCCUUCUGCCCUGUCUGUGCAUAGAGGCAUCCUACCUGCAAGAGGACACUGUGAGACGCAAAAAAUGUCCCUUCCAGAGCUGGCCUGAAGCCUACGGCUCGGAUUUCUGGAAGUCAGUGCACUUUACUGACUACAGCCAGCACAGUCAGAUGGUCAUGGCCCUCACACUCCGCUGCCCACUGAAGCUGGAGGCCUCCCUCUGCCAGAGGCAGGGCUGGCACACUCUCUGUGAAGACCUCCCCAAUGCCACGGUUCGAGAGUCUGAGGGGUGGUAUGUUUUGGAGAAGGUGGACUUGCACCCUCAGCUCUGCUUUAAGUUCUCUUUUGGAAACAGCAGCCACGUUGAAUGCCCCCACCGGACUGCCCCGUCCUGGAACGUCAGCAUGGAUACCCAGGCCCAGCAGCUGAUCCUUCACUUCUCCUCAAGGACACAUGCCACCUUCAGUGCUGCCUGGAGCCACCCAGGCUUGGGACAGAACAGCUUGGUGCCCCCUGUGUACAGUGUCAGCCAGACUCACGGCUCAAGCCCAGUGACACUAGACCUCAUCCUUCCCUUCCUGAGGCCAGGGGACUGUGUCCUGGUGUGGAGGUCAGAUGUCCAGUUUGCCUGGAAGCGCCUCUUGUGUCCGGAUGUCUCUCAUAGACGCCUGGGACUCUUGAUCCUGGCACUGCUGGUCCUCACCACGCUAUUGGUCGUUGUUCUGGUCCUCACCCACCGGCGCCCACUGUCAGGCCCGGGCCGAGCGCGACCGGUGCUGCUGCUGCACGCGGCGGACUCAGAGGCACAGCGGCGCCUGGUGGGAGCACUGGCUGAACUGCUGCGGGCAGAGCUGGGCGGCGGGCGCGACGUGAUCGUGGAUCUGUGGGAGGGGACGCGCGUGGCGCGCGUGGGCCCGCUGCCGUGGCUAUGGGCGGCGCGGGCGCGCGUGGCGCGGGAACGGGGCACGGUGCUGCUGCUGUGGAGUAGCGCCGGCCCCAGCCAGGCCCGGGGCCCCGAUCCCCGCGCCGCGCCUCUGCGCGCCCUGCUCCGCGCCGCCCCGCGCCCGCUGCUGCUGCUCGCUUACUUCAGUCGCCUCUGUGCCAAGGGCGACAUUCCCCCGCCGCUGCGUGCCCUGCCGCGCUACCGCCUGCUGCGCGACCUACCACGCCUGCUGCGGGCGCUGGACGCGCGGCCUUUCACCGAAGCCGCCAGCUGGGGCCGCCUCGGGGCUCGGCCGUGCCUGCGCGGUCGCCUGGAGCUGUGCCGCCGGCUGGAACGCGAGGCUGCCAAGCUUGCCGACCAAGGCUGAGCGGAGCUCCACCGCAGUCCGGAGGAUGUCUGUGGCCGCAGGCGUAGGGGCACUGGCUGGAAUCCCGGAAUGAGCCUUCGAUCCUGGAAUCCUUGGGGUGACUCCUCAGGACGAGUGGUCAAAAAGACUUACUCUCUGCCUCCCAGCCCGGGAGCAGAGCCCCUCAUUCACUGUCCUAACCGGUUCCCCACGUGUCCGGCUUCCUCCUCAGGCUUACCCUGCCUCUCAGAACCCCCAGAGAGAGAGUUACUCUUUACUGAGAGUUCCUCUGCCCCCAGUCCUGGUGGGGGUGGGGGAUCUUCCCACUUCCUCUCUCUGAAAAUCCAGAAGGAGAGUAAUGUGCACAUGCUCCAGUUCAGGCUCAGAGGUAGGGGAGGCAGGAGCUAUGGCAGUUCUGAGUGGGGAGUGGCUCCAGGGUGUGGGAGAAAACCCCUUCCGGAGCCAGGGAUCCCCCUUUCCCAGACCAGGGCCCUGCCAAGAGGGGGAUGAAGGGAGAGCUCUGGACCCACGGAAAGAGGCUUUGGCCCUGGGUGGCCAGAGCAAAGGUGGGACAGUGAAGAUCAAGAUUGAGAAAGAUGAAUAAAGAGGAACAUGAUGGAUAGACUAAGAAACACAGUGUGCUUCUCUAGUGUGCCUGGGAUGCUGAACUGGGGGAAGGGUCAGUACCACCCUGCCUGGGGGUUGUUAUGCAUCAGUUUGUGGGCCCAAAUCCUCCACGUCCACACCCAUGCCCAAACCCAUCAUGUUCUCACAAGCAACGCCUCCAAAAAGGCAAAGGAGGAUCUGGAAAUCUUGAUCCUCACUGUGAUUCUUCUGAGAGAAGAAAAGAAGAAACAGGUUCAGAAAGGUGGUGUUAGUCCAUUGUCUUACAGCCAGCGCAUGGCAACAGCACAAAUGGGACGCCUGUCUGCC